UCAAAUGAAAUAUAGUUAUUCAAAUUUACAACGAAAAUAUUUAUAUUAAUAAAGGUAUUUUGGAUAUUGUAUGAAUGAUGUUUUAUGCGAUUUGUUUUCUGUUUCUAGUGAGUCAUAUUCUGGUUUGUGAAGGUAGACAGGGUUGUCAGAAUGGCUGGGUGACGUUUGAUGACUCGUGUUAUUUGUUCGCAGAUGAAAUAAAACUGGACUGGACUGAAGCAACGCAUUUUUGUGCAUCGCAUGGUGGGUCGCAUGUAGCGACAAUUGAAAACGAAGCAGAGUUACUUUUCUUGAGGACCAAUGUAAGAGGUUGUUUAAGCAAGGAACUAGCAGGGAUCACUGGUUUUGGCUCGGAGCUACUGACGAUGAAGUGGAAGGUGUCUGGGUAUGGUAUACCGACCAUUCACGCCUGUCAGAUGGAUAUACGAAUUGGUACCCGGGGCAACCAGAGACAGGAGACAAGAAUAAUCAAGACUGCGCAUGUCUUUGGGGUCCUAUAUCAUACACAUGGCAUGAUUGUCACUGUGAGCUGAAGUCGCACUUCAUUUGUGAACAAAGCACAUCGGAACAGGAGAUCAUCGGAUGAGAUGUUGUGAGUGGACAUUUGUAAAGUGGGAAGCACAGACAGAAAUAUCGCAGUCUGAGAAUAAGAUUUAAUGAAUUACAAAUAGAUAUAAAAUAUAUAAUAUUGUUAAAAACGUAAUAAAGGACCUAAAACCAUUUAUGUAUGAGAGAAAUUUACACAAGUGUUGACUGGCCACACACUAAAUGUCACAAUAUCACGUUUUUGGCGGUAACCUAAAAUAUACAUGUCACUAGAGAAAACAAUGUCAUGUAGUUUUAAAAGCUUCAUCUUUCACCUUUCUAAAAAGUAUAAGCUCUUUACAGUUCAUGACACGCUGCUUUUCUACAGUUUACUGUAACAGAAUAUCUAAUAUAAAACAUACAAAGAACCAUACUUUCAUUUUGUUUUGUGACACAUCCAGAUUUAUUACAUCUUCUCAACCAGGAGCCUAUGUCACUCACUGCGACAUAGUAAAGGAGAGACAUUGUUCGUACGAAAUUCACCAUUCUUUGUAAAUAUCAUUUACAUACACGUUUCUUCUCUGAGUCAUUGUUAAUCCAACAAGCAAAGAAACAUGUUAUCAAUUCUGGUAAUUAAUUAGUUUCUAUUCAGUUUUGUU